UUUUAUUGAAGCCGUUUUCUAACCUUGUGACGUUUUGGGCUCCGGUGUGAUAGUGGUGGGCUUUUUUUUUUGCUCGACGCGCGGUGCUGUGCUGGAUGUGCGGUGCUCGGGUCCCGGGAUGUGAUCGUGAGCGUGUCGGCGAACGAAAUUCGUGCGCGGUGCUGCGUGCUCAGCGCUGGGAAAGUGUCGUCGGCGCAUUGGCGCGGCUCGGGACGAGGCUUAGCUCGCAGUCGGCGGAGGGGCCCCCGCAAAGGAACCCACACCCGAUGAACGUCAGGUGAGCUAGCUUGUGCGAGCGGCCGCCGCUGCGCGCGCCCCGAAGAAGUCAUGGAAAAGCUUCACAAGGAGCCCGGCGACUACACCAAGGACUCCUCGUCGUUCACGCUCGAGCUGCAAAAGUUCCACGAAAGCCGCGGGAGCCCGUUCCGUCAUGCGCCCAGGAUAAACGGCCGCGAAGUGGAUCUUUUCGCCCUCUACAACAGCGUGACGGCGAUCGGCGGCUGGCAGAAGGUGAACGACCUACUCAAGUGGGAUUACAUUCUCGACAAACUCAACUUUCCCAAGGCGUGCGCCAAUGCAUCGCUGGCUCUACGGCAGAUCUACGUCCGGUACCUCAGCGUGUUCGAGAAGGUUCACUUCCUGGGCGAAGAUGCGGACGAAGAGGCUGACCCCGGCUCGGAGUCUCGCGGUGGCCGCAAGAGCAAUAGCGCCGCGCUGGUCCAGGUGCCCAUGUACUACAACCGCGCGCAGCAUGACAUCCCUGAGAGCCAGCGGCUCGUGCUGGGCCUUACGCCCUGCCCGGGCCCAUCGCCGGAGUACAGCAAGCUCUGCAUGUCCCUCCUGAGCGGCCUGCCCAAUGAGGAGGCGCUCACCCUCAACGUGUGCACGCUCCUCUCCAACGAGGGACGGCACAGCCUCAAGGUGGACCGCAUGCCUCGACUCGUCGACCUCCUGCUGGCACAGGCGGGGCUCUUCCCAGCGGAUGACCCGACGCUGCGGCCCAUGAUGCUGGAGAGUUGGCAGGGGGUGGAGGGCCGGCGGAUGGAGCGUUUCUGGGAGGACAAUUUAGACGCCGAGACGAUAGCCCUAUUUAAUAUCGGCAAAGGUAGCAAAGACGAAGAGGAUGAGCUUUUUAACUUAAAUUAUGAAGUAGGAACGCGGAGUAUAGAAGGCCAAAGAGUGUUAAGGAUUGCACUGAUCUUCCACAACCUCUCGUUUGAAGAGCGCAAUGCCGUCAUCUUGGCUAAGAACCGGACGUUCAUCAGGUUUGUGAUGUUGUCUGCCCUGAGUCGUUGGUCGACAUUGCGCCAAGUGGCUCUGGAUACGAUAGGCAACCUGGCUUCUAAGUUGGUGCUAUAUCCCGCCAUGGACGAAGACGAGGACGAAGCCUCUGCGGGCGACCACUGCUACGAGGACUUGGAGGGCGAGCGGCAACGCUGGUCCUGCUCGCUACUGCGGCUCACCCGCGAGGGCAUCCAGUCGCAGGACCGCUACCUGGUCGUGCGCUGCCUAGACAUUUUGGCUCGCCUGUGCCGCCAGGAGCGCAAUGCGGAGCCCCUGCUGGCCGCGCUGGACACACCGCUGUGCCGCCGCGUUUUCGAGCUCCUCACCGUGCACGACCUGAUGCUGCUCAUUUACGCGCUUGAGGCCCUCUACAUGCUCAGUGAGCUGGGCCGCGAUGCCUGCGAGCGCAUGCUCCUGGUCCACCGGUCCAUGGGGAUCCUGGUCAGCCUGCUUACCCUGGACCCCCUGGUCUACGGUCCGCUCGCGCAGAAGGGCAUGAAGCUCAUCGAGACCGUCGACCCGCUUCUGCCUCCGCCACAAAUUCCAACGACAGUUAACCCGACGGUCCCUCCAACCCCAUUGCCGAUGUCGGCGCCGUUAACACCUUCCAUGGUGGCCAGUGGCAGUAGUGCGGGGCCAGGCAUGGCGGGAACACCGAGCGCGCCAGGCGCGGUGGCGGGUGUGAUGGGAACGACGGGGCCCGGACCGGGGGUGGGUCCGCCAGCAGGUGGCGCCGCUCCGGGCCUAGCGACGACUGCGGCUCCGCAGAGUGACCCGAUGGACACGGAGGCGUUUGCAGGGACGUGGGUGCGUGCCAUGUACGAGCCGGCUCCUCCAGGCUGCUCGGUGGCACGCAACGACAUCUACGCAGAGUAUGUGACGUUCUGCAGCAAGGCAGGGCGGAAGAGCGUCAUCAGUGCGUCAACAUUUGCCAGCUGCGUCAAGGCGGUGUACACACAGACAGGUAUUCGGCGAGUGGACGGUGCGAACGGCGUAGUGAGCUUUCAUCACGACGGCCUCCGCAAGCGGCUCAACCCAUUACCGGUGCCCAUUCAAGUGACCAGCUGCCUCAGCAUCAGCACACAAGCUGCGGCCACGACACUGCGCACACCGCUAGCAAGUGGUGGCACGGCGUCUAGCCACAGCCCGAUCCUGAAGGCUCAGCUGUCAGCACCGCUUCGCGCUCUGACCCCACCAGGGAACCAGGCGUCCCCGCCCCCUUCGCCCGCCCUGGCCACAACUGCGCCACCGGUCGUGGGUACGCCUCCUGCGCCGCCACCUGGUGGUGCCUCUGGCGGGUCGAGCAACCUCAUCAAGAGCUUGUUGGCCAACAAGGUGUCCCGCAACCUUCAGCGGCAGCAGCAAAUGCAGCAGCAGGCGACGGUGGUGGCGACAAGUGCGGAUGCAGAGGCGACACCGGUGACAGCCGGGACACCCGUAUUGGCCAACAGCGCCACACCUACCAGAGCACCUGAACCCGUCCGACGGGAGGUGAACCCAGCCUCCGCCGUCAGUUCCCAUCAACCACAACAUCAUCAGCAGCAUUCUGCGGUCACAACACAGUCUUUCAGCUUCAUAUCGACCACGACGGCGGCGGCGGUGGCUGCCGCUUCGACCGUGACCGCAGUUGCACCCACAGCCCAAACCACUCAGCAGACAACCACCUGUCUUACGUCUGCGCUUCAAGCCAAGCUCCAGCAGCAGCCACAGGCUCUGGUCCACAAUUCGGUUCAGCCUCAAACUCACGUACAAAGUCCUGGGACUACUUUGCACAUGCGUGUUCAGCCGCACGUGCAGGUCCAGGUUCCAACCGUUCACACGCAGCCUCAGAUUCAGGUCCAGGUGCCAACGUCCGCAGCUCAGACACAGCAGGCACAAAUGCAGGUGCAGGUCCCAACUUCGACAGUCCAGCCACAGCAGGCUCAAGUCCAUGUGCAAGUCCCGACCUCGGCAGCUCAAACUCCGCAUGCGCAAAUCCAAGUCCAAGUUCCAACGUCGGUGGCUCAGAUGCUGCACGCACAAGUCCAGGCACAAGCCUCAAGCUCGGCGACUCAGAUGCAACAGAUGCAGGUACAAAACUCUGUGGUUCAGGCACAGCAGGUUCAGGUGCAGGUUCCGACCUCAGCAGCUCAGGUGCAGCAAGCACAAAUCCAGGUGCAAGUUCCAGGCACCAUGGUCCAGGCUCAGGCACAGGUUGCUACAGGUGUGAACCAGGUCUCAGUAUCAUCUGCACCAGUUCAGAUCCAGGUUCCGGCAGCCACAGUGCAGGCGCAGCAACGGCAGAUUCAGGUGCAGGUUCCCACGACCAUGGUUCAAACACAGCCUCACAUUCAGGUUCAGGUUCCCAGUUCAGCAAUUCAGCCGCAGCAGGUUCAGGUGCAAGUCCCAAGUUCAACCUUUCAGCAGCAGCAGCAGCAGAUUCAGGUGCAAGUUUCGAACGCUGCGCUUCAGCCCCAGCAGGUUCAGGUGCAGGUUCCAAAUUCGGCGCUCCAGCCGCAGCAGGUUCAGAUGCAGGUUGCGACAACCCCUGCUGUGCAAACACAGUUCCAACAACAGGUGCAAGUUCACACAGGGCCGGUCGUGCAGACUCAAGUUCAACCACACCAGAUGCAGGUUCAAGUGCCGACCCAAAUCUGCCAGGCGCCGUUGCAGACUCAAGUUCAGACAGCAGCGGGUCCGAUGUUGAUUCAGUCUGCACAGCCAGCCGCCAUGGUCCAGGCACCUGCGCAGGUUGUGGUAUCCAUGGCGCCAACUGGGCAGGUGCCAACUUCCAUUUCGGUGCCAGCCGUCUCGGUCCAGACGUCAAUGUCUGUCCAGACUCCUCUACAAGUUACAUUCUCAACGCCAGUUUCCACACCUCUUCUGGCUUCUGCCAUUGCCUCUGCCCAAAGUUCUGCGCCAUCAUCAGUGUCUGCGGUUAGUCUGACUCAGACUUUACCCACAAGCCUGGCCUCGAACGUGACUUCAAACCUGGCCUCCGGCCUCGCUGCGAAUCAGACUGUGGUGGUGGGAUCCUCUGCACUGGCAUCAAGCCUGAACACAGGUUCCAACCAGACUGUCGUUAUGGCUCCGAAUUUAGCGUCAAAUUUGGGUGGGAGUUCCGCGGUGGUUGUGGGUUCGGCGCUACCUUCGAAUCCGGUCAUGGCACAGGGUACGUCUUUGGCUGCAAGUUUGGCUUCGGGUGGCGGCUUGCCACCGGGGGCCACCAUCGUCAUGGUGCCCAACUCGGCCACGGGCAUCACGACGGGGAUGUUGGUUGUGCGACCACAAGGGAAGCUGCCGGCUGGUGCUGUUGGUGCAACUCUUCUGGCAAGGAACCAAGCCGUAGCCAAUGCCAUCAAUGCUGGUGCCAGAGGACCGCUCAUAGUGUCCACCCGACCCAAUGGCUUCCAGCGAGACAUCGUCAUGGAGGUGUCGAUGCCUCCUGAAUGCAAGCCGGAACUGCCCUCUUCCGCACAGCAGGUAUCUGUUACAAGUGUGGAUCACCCUGUGCACAACCACAUCGGAGAGAACGGUGCAACCGCCACCUCGACGACCGUGGCCACCACAACGACGACGACAGCUCACAAGUGCAUUGCCAUUCUUCCGAGCACAACCGCCGCCUCUGGAACUGCCACAGAAGCAAAACCUGCUGAGAGCAUAGUAUACAAGAGCUCACCGCUCCUCAACGGUCUUCUGGAUAAGGGCAAGGUACCUUUAGCUAUGGAAUCCGCGACGCUGCAGAAUGGAAGCGCAGAAGACGAGAUGGCACAGAAUGCUGAUGGCUCCUCCGCAAUGGUGAUAUCGGAUGAUGUCGGCAUCGCAGUGACCAACGGGACAGGUACCGUGGAGAAGAUGACAACGUCGUCGGACCUCUCACCGAUCAAGGACAUUGUUGGGUCGGUGGAGAGUGCGUCCAAGGUGAUUUCCCGCACCAGUGUUGACAUUGCUGUUUCGUCGGCGUUGAAGCGAACGGCAGAGCCAGAUGGCAGUGGCGGAGCCUGUGCGAAGCGGCUCCGGCUGGAAGACUCGAGCGAGGUGACAUUCCAAGUUGGCGAUGCAACCGAGAGGCAAGCGUCACCGCCCGCAGCUGCGGUGCCUGUCUCUCAGCAACAGCAGCAGUCCACAGUUGUGGUGGCACGGACAGAGGCGACCCCAGGAGCGCAGCACGUCAUUGUCCAGCAGGGUGUGAUCCAGCAAAGUGUAACACAGCACAGUACAACUCAGCAACAAGGUGGUGUGCUUCAGCACACCUGUGCCCACCAAGCCACGGUGCACAAGGUGUCUCAACAGCCGCAGACAUCAGUCUCCUCAGCGACGCCGCCGCACAUGGUGCGGGUGGUCGCAACCACUUCGUCGACAGUUCCGCAGCCCAACCUGGUAAAACUCUUGAGCACUAUGGACUCCUCAAAAACUGUUACCACAGUGGCGGCGACAAACUCUAUGUCAACAACGAGUGUGAUGUCGACCACGGCGGCAGGGUCGACUCCGGUGUCCACACAGCCCGUGGAAGUGAAACCCAUCGUGACAGCAUCUAAGACUGUAACGGUUGACGUGGAGAAGAAGUCGACAGCGCCGUCCACAGCCGGUCAUCACCACCUCCACCACCACCACCACCAUCACAAGGCAGCAAAAUUAGUCUACCAUUGCGAGUGGAAAGGGUGCGAUCGGACAUUUUCGACUCCGGGUGCAGUAUUCUACCAUGCCUGCAAGGUGCACAUACCAGAGGCCGACAACGACGUUCACUGUCAGUGGGACUCGUGCGAUGACAUGAAGCGUCGCCGACUCUCGCUGUUCACACACCUCCAGGACCGGCACUGCAACGAGCAGGUGCUGCAGAUCCAGGCAGUUCGGCGGCAGCAGAUCUCUCAAUUUGGCAAAGCCUCCCUACCACCACCUGCCCAGCCGCCCCCGCACCCCGGUUACGCGCCGGAUGCCGCUUUGCUCGCCAUCCGGAGGCACGCCCUGGCCUACUACAACCACCGCGAUGCCUCGGAUGAAAAGGAGUCGGCGUUGGCCAAGAGCAUACGGCUCACUUCGGCCCUCAUCAUACGGAAUCUCGCUACCCAUUCAUCGCGAGCAAGACGUUACCUGCGGCGGCACGAGCAGCAGCUGUCGACGGUGGCCAUGUCUCCGCUGGAGUCGUCACGGACUAUUGCCCAGUGCUUGCUCGAAAUGUCGCGGGUGCCGACGCCAGACUGAAGGGGUUCCAAGCGCAUCGUGGAAAACCGAACUCUACAACCUACCGCAGCGUCGUGCCACGCCGAAGUGCGCGCGUGACAUCGCCCCACUAGUGUGCGACCAGGUGGUCGUUGUGGCGGGUGCGAAUGUGUGUGUGUGUGUGUGUGUGCGGUGGCAGCGAUGGACCUCGAAUCGGCCGAGACGUUGCGAUCGGCAGCUGGUCGGCUCCUGCCCGUUCACAAACUUUUUGACCUUGUACAGACAGAGAUGGGGGCAUGUGAUGUGCAGAACAGUGCCCCUGGCGACGCCGUGCCGGAGAGGAGGGGAGGGGGGAAGUGGACAUUACCCUACGAAAAAGUGCAUUCGCGUGAUGGAAAGAGCAAGAGAAACUUCCCUACGUGCCUCGAUCAAGCGACGGUGAAAAAGAGUAGAAGCCCGUCGCCUCUCGUUUCAUUGUUUUUUCAUUUUUCUCUGUCUUCGCUACCCUUCGUCGUGUAAAGCAUUGUGUGUUGACAGCAGGACACAGUGGCGUCAUAUCAAACUGUGAAAACAGGAAAGGAACACUGUCUCUCAUACCAUAUGUUUGAUUUUUUUUUUUCAUUUGUUAUCAGAACAUCUUUUUUUUUUUUUUCAAGCUUUCUGUUUUUUUUUUUUUUUUUUUUCUCACAGAAUUUGGUCUGUUUUCAGUUGUGUCAAUCAUGCUUUAUGUACAAGAAAGGGUGAGUGGUCACCGCUUCGUGAGGACAAAAAAAAAAAAAAAAAGGCUCGCAGCCGUGGGACCGACGGAAGCAGGGAGGGAGCAAACCUUUUUGAGAGAUUGUUGCACAGACUUGAGAGUAUCGGGGUGCGUGCGAUUGGAAGAUAUGUUCUUUUCGUGACUUGGUACGCGCUUUUCGUGCAAAUGUGGCCUGCCGGCUCUUCACUCGGUCCCACUGUGUCUCCCUCGGUGGUCUGGAGUACGGCUGGUGCGGUCGUUUUUAUUUAAGACUUAUUUAUCUUCAUGUAAGGGAGGGACACACACACAAAAAAAAAAUGGCAUGUCAUAAGUUCGAAGCACUGUAUCCUACCAUCUCGUUUGCUUGUCCCGACGUAUGCUGGUUUGGCAUUUUAAACCAUUUCCUUUUUUUUUUUUUUCUCUUAAAGUUGUUUACCCACUCUUGAAAGUUGUCUAAAGUUUGCUUUUUAGGCUGCUUGGCGUGAUCGUAUUCAAUUUUGCGAGAAUAAAUGUUUCGAGUUUUGUUAAUAUUACGUUUCCAAUUUGAUGGCUGCAACAUAUUGAAAAGCACAGUUUUUAAAAAGGCCAUUGCUGUUAGACAGAUCAGUUACGUUGUUUAGUUUUUUUUUUAUUGCGUUCUUUAGUUUAUUUUGUUUAUGAUUUUUUUAAAUAUUUAAAUUGUGCCUGCAAAAUUAAGGACCUGCAUGAAAAAAAAAGCAAGAUCAACUUUUUCACCUAGCUCUUUGUUCGAACUGCAUUAAAUAACUAAAAAGUUUUUUUGUUUUUUUUGCCAGUCUUUCUUUUCCGCACAUUCUGUCCUCUCUGGGGAAGGAAUAAGAAGUCAUUCCUGCGCCUUGUACACUUCAUUUCUUUCAUAAUGCGCAGAAUUUCUGUUCUGUAUGUGCGAUGCAUUUCCACCUCCCAUUUAACUGUUUUGGCCUUCCCCUCUACCCUUUCACCCCAAAUGGUUGUCCCGCCGCUCACAAGUAGAGCCCCAUUCCUCUGCGAGUUCUCGUGGAGCACAUGGAAAAAACACGACACAUUCUCGCCGAAAGAAUUGCGUCAUUAUAAAUACUGUAGCAUAGGAAGGCAGCAGUUUCAUGCGACAAGCUGUGGUUGUUUUCGAUGGGACAGGGGAGGGUUUGGGGGAGAGGGUUUGCUGUGAUGUGGAACUUUUGUGGUUCGGUUGGGGAGCCCGAACUUCAGAAAGUGGUACUUGGCUCUCCGUGUCUAGACUAACACCCUCGAGCACACUUUGAGAACGCACUGUUCCCAGACUCCACCAAGCGAAGGGCAGUGCCAUCUUCCAGCUGCCUUUGUCUCCGAGCUUACCAGUAAUGUUCCUCGUUAAUUCCUGAGCUUAAUUGGUAGCUUAACAGUUACAAAGAGGCACCAGAAUUAGACGGGUGUUGCUGAAGCGGCCUGUUGCCUCUGGAAUCGUGGAUGAGCAUUACUGAUGCGCGGUGCAUCUAGUGAUGCUGCCUAGCAAUUUUUUUGGGUGUAAAUUAGUGAAUUGGGGUUUUUAACAGCUACUUCGAAGCAAGUUAGAGGGAUGUUACCCAAGCAACCCCUCGAAUCGAUGAAAUGUCACUGAAGCGCAGAGCGUUCAAUAAUGCAGCUCGGUGAUUCUCGAGCGAUAAUUUAGUAAUUAGGUAUUUUGGAGAGCUGCAUUGAAACAACCCAAGUUGAAGAGUUGUUACUAAAGUAACCUUUUACGUCUCAAACUGUUGAGCAUUAUUGGGGAGCAGCGAGAUUAGUAAUGUAGCUUGAAAAUUCCAAAGUUUAAUAAUUUCGAAUUUUUAGCAGCUACUCGAAAGCUUCGGUUGUAGGGGUGUUGAUAAAUCAACCCCUCAUCUUGCUAAUCAAUGAAGAGCCUUACUGAGGAGCAGUGCAUUUAAUAAGGCUGCUUGACAAUUUCUGAGCUAUUAAAUCUACUAGCGAAACACUUCAGAGGUCCGUGCGUUGAGAGGAGCAUUACUCAAGCAGCCACUGAUCUUGGGAAUCACUGACGAGAAUUGCUGAAGUGCUGUGCAUUUCGAUAAGGUUGGUUGGUUGGUCUGAUCGAGUGAUGUUUUACUAAUUUGGCAUGUUUGAAAGCGUUACUCAAGCAACCACUGAGGCGGGGAUCACUUGGGUGAGGUGCAUUUAAUAAUGCUGCUUGGUGAUCGCUGAGCCAUAAUUUUUUUAAUCGUCCAUUGUCAGCAUCUGCUCGGCGCAGGAGUAGGAAAUGGCGUCACCAAGCAACUUGUCUGGGGAAUCGCAGACGAGUGUUAAUGCGCACAAUCUACUUCAGUUGAGGAGCACUGCCAGUUGCUUGUUGGAACUGAGAAAGAGCAGCGUGUCGAGGUGUGUUCGUGAAUAUGUUGGCUUUGGUGAAAAAAAGGAGUAGCUGCUUUUUGAAAUCUUUUGUCAGGUUUUUCGGCAGCUGCAUAACAUAAAUGAAUCUGUUGCAGCUUUGCUCGAUUCCAUGUACCUCUGCACAUCCUUUGCUGCCGAAGAAAAAAGAAAGUGUUGCGAGAACUUGCACUUGUCUAGCUUUUUUGUUGUUGUUGUGUUAUAGUGCUCACACAUACCCUGUAGGAGCGCCUGUUUUUUGUUAUUCCUAGUUUUUCCACGUUGUGUGAGCUAUUGAAUCAUGGGUGCUUUUCUUGAUGCAGCUGUGACACAGUGGUAUUGUCCUCACCUACUGGCCUUUUUUUUUUUUACAACCAGUGUCCUUACCUGAUGACAAAUUUAUGUGCAACUUUGUGAGCUUGGCACUAAGGUGACGCUUCUUUUGCUCUUGUGAAGGGCUUCAACUGUGCUGUCACUGUAGAAACCGUUUUAUUUCCAGGUAAGCUAACUUCUGGUUUGAAGGAAAGAAAGCCUAGCCGUAUUGCUCAAAGGAUGACUUGAGCAUAUUUUUUUUUCUCGCAUGAGCCCUUGUAGGACUGCUAUAACUAAUUGUUAAAGCCAAGCAAUGAAUCAGAUUGGCGAAUCUUUGUAUUCAGCACUGCUUUAAGUGUUCUCCCCACCCCGUCUGUUUUUUUUUUGUUUUUUUUUUCUAUUGUUUAAGAUCCUUAUGUCGAACCUUGGCCAUUGCGUGCUGCACGGUAAUACGACAACCAUCUGCUGUAGCCAUGUGGGUUAGCAGUUGCAUGCGUUUUGCUGACCAGAAAGGCCUACUGUGCGGCCAGAUGCGUUUCCAUGCGGUAACACGCGAUGGUUAAAAUGACUUUGUUCCAAAUGUUCUGCCUAGCUGCUGUGCAGGCACUGUCAGCUAUGACUACACCAGAAGUUUGCGUUUUGCCCGUCAUCACUGUUUUCCCUCCCUUUUCCUACUGAAACAUUUCUGUAUGCAGUCAAAUAAUUUCAUAUGUUUUCUGUGCUAUUUAUUAAAUGCUAAUCGUCGUUAAUAACAGUAUCAAAAUGUCGCAGAAAACAUGAAAUUAAGUAUUAGACGGCAUGCCGAAGCACUACGCUAGCAUUAAAUUUUAAACUCCCCUUACGUCCCCUGUUCAUCGGAAAGUGGAAAUUUUCUCUAGCUUGGCUGUCUUGUGCUGUUGCCCAAGUCACUGUCCCAUUGUGAGUUGCGUCUUUGUUGUGCCCUUUUUUUUUGUUGUUGUUUUCUUUGUUGUUUUUUUCUUUUCUGUUGAGGAAAAAAUGCCCUCUGCAAGGCUACUGUGCUCUUUGCGUCUUAAAUCAUCUGCUCCGAUGCCUACAUGUUGAAGAGAUUCUCCCAGUGCUAAUUACUGAAUGUGCGUCCCAUCCAACACCUUGUCUCCCCCCCCCAAAACACGUACCCUUCCUCCAUCCUCUCCCUCGUCACUGACAACUUGUCUGGAUGCACGAAGUUCACAUACACAUUAUUGCAGUUAAUAUUAUUGUAUUAUGAUUGCCGCGUCUAUUUCUGUAUAUAUAUGCAUACAUGGUGAUGACGAGAAAAAUUUAUACACAGAGUGAAGAGAAAUUGGUUAAUAAAAUGUUUUUUGGCCAUCUCA